AUGAGCGAGGUCAACGAACAACCCGAAGGAGGAAGGAGGAAUGGAAGCAAAAGCAUUGGAAGCAAAAACAUUUUGAGUAGGCGGAACCACUCAGCUUUGGUUCUUCUCCUCCCAUCGUGCCACCUUUUUUCUGGGUUCUUCGAAUUUGGAUUAAAGGGACCCCCCGUGGCAACCAUUCCAUCUGGAACGCCCUCCCUCUGCAUCCCGGUGGAGAAUCAGUCCAGGCAACAACAGUUAUCGUUAUCGUUAGCUUUGAUGGUUGUCUGCUUCACGAUGUCAGACACUCAGCAACUAACGCAGGGAACUAGAAGUCUCCUCCUCUUCGAUCUGUACUCAGCCUUUGUUUCCCUCACCUUCACGGCGGCGGUCGUCCUCUCCGUUCUCUCCCUCUGCCUCUCUGGAGGGGGAGCUGCUCCGGCGAUGGCCUUGAUACAACAGUUUGCAGAAUCGUCGCCAUCGUUUCAGCUUCAGCGGCUUUUGUGCUCUGGUCAUGCCUUGCCCUUCCUAUUCUCUCGUUACUUCGCGUCUGGUUUCUCCCCAUGGCGCACGCCGGCGCGCUCCUCCUUUUCCUCGCCUGGAACAGGUGGAAGUACCGCUCCGCCGUCCAAGACACCCCGCUCCGCCCGUCCUCGUGUUCCCUUCCCCGCUGCCGGCCCUAG